GUGUUUUGGUGGGGCAUUCGGAAGAUGUCGCAACAGUUGAACGCAGCCAGCCACGGUAAUACUAUGCUCGGUAGUAUUGCGAACAGUAUCGGAACGAACAAUAGUAUCGCCUGCAGUAUGGGCAACAACAUCCCGAACAAUCUGACCACUUGUGCUAGCAUCCCGAACAGUAUGAUCGCCACCAUGUCCAGCCCGGCCGGUAAUACGUCGAACGGUCCAACCAGCAAUGGCAGCAGCAACGGUGGAACCGGUGCCAAUGGUAGCAGCAACGGUCCGUCGUCGACUCCGGCCACGCCAACCAACAACUGUCAGUCGAUCCGUUACUGCUGGGAAGCUGAUAAGGUUAAAACUCUGAUCCGUCUGCGUGCUGAACUCUCGCCCCUAUUCACUGGCAAACGCAAUGCAUCGAAAUAUGCUUGGGCUGUGGUCGAACGAGAACUCAGCGUGCCUUUACCGAUUUCUAAAAUCAUCAAAAAAUGGAACAAUCUGCUACAGGAGUACAAGGCAAUCAAAAUGUCCGAAGAACCGAAGCGUCGCGAGUGGCCAUUCUUCAACCUGAUGGACGUAUACUUCAGCGAUCAGGUGAACGAUCCGACGCUACGUCUCUUCUCGUCGACCAAGCGGUUCGACUCGGAUACUCUAGACGACGCACAGUUCGAUGACGAGAUCAUGAACUCGACGGCAGCGGCCGCCAUUGCCGCAGCUGCAGCAGCAUCGGCCGCCGCCGCCAACGCCGCUAGUCAACACAAGAUCAAGAACGAGCUGAUCGCGAGCCACGGUCAUAGUGGUGGGAGCAUGCUUGACAUAUCCGACAUAAUCGGUGACGAGCACGGCGAAUCGAAGUUCGAUCAGUUCAAGCGAGAGAUCGUGCUGAGCCAAAUCCAGGAGAUCACACGCGCAGGCAGUGGCGGUGGUGGUGGAGGUGGUGGUGGAGGCCGUAAGGAGAAGAAUAACAAUAAUAAGGAUCACCACAACAAUAAUAACAACAACAAUAAUAACAACAACAAUACCAACAACAGCUCGAACAACAACAGCAACAACAACAAUAAUAAUAAUAGUGGCAACAGUAACAACAACAACAGCAAUGCCAGCAACAAUAACAGCAGCAACAGUAGCAACCACUCCACUACCAACAGCGGAAGCAAUGCCAACGGAACCGGUCUCAACGGCACCGGAGCAGGCAGCAAUGCGACGCUCGAGAACAAGCACAAGCUGAUGGAGUCGCUAAAUCUGAGCCCGGGCGGAAGUCAUCUGACGACGAGCGGUGUCAGUUCGCUCAGUACGACCAGCAGUAGCAGCUCGGCACGGGAUGAGGCGAGCAGUCUGAACAGCAGCCCAACCAGCCACAUAAGCAACGGACCAUCGAACGGACCGUGCGGUCAGGAGAUGCGCAAAAUGUCCAACGGGCCGACGGCUGACUUUAGUGCGCUGCUAGCGGCAGCCAACAGCCACACGAACGGUACGCUGCACAGCAACAGUAGCGCCCUCAGCAGCACCGAUCGUGACACGGACUACGAUGACUAUGCUGAGCGCAGCAGUCUAUACGACGGCGGUAACAAUCAUCUGAAGAGCCUGAACCAGAAGCUGCUCCAUCAGAUGAAUGAGCAUCACAACAUCGAUCAGUACCUCUUAUCAUGGCGCGGAUUCCACGGCAAUAUGUGCAAAGGGUUCCACAGUCUACAGCGGGACGGACAGAUGGUGGACGUGACGAUUGCGGCCGGUGGCAAGAUUUUCAAAGCACACAAGCUCGUCCUGUCCGUGUGCAGUCCGUACUUCCAGAAAAUCUUCCUCGAACACCCAUCGCAGCAUCCGAUACUGUUCAUGACCGAUGUCAACAGUCACCAUAUGGCGGGACUGCUCGACUUCAUGUACAGCGGACAGGUCAACGUCAAGUACGAGGACUUGCCCAACUUUCUGAAGGUGGCAGAAGCGCUGCAAGUGAAGGGGCUGCAUGGCGAGAGUACCAAUGACUCUGAGGAGCGAGAUUAUCAGCAGCAGCAGCAUCAGCAUGCCCUGCGGUUGCAAGAACAGCAGCGACUCUAUCACCAGCAACAGCAACAGCAACAGCAACAGCAACAUCAACAGCAACAACAGCAGCUCCAUCAACAGCAGCAACAACAGCAGAAGCUUGCCCACCAGCGCCAACAGUUGCUUCAGGUUGCACAGCAGCAGGCACACGCACAAGCCCAGCAGCAGCACCAGCAGCAGCAGCAGCAGCAGCAACAACAGCAACAGCAAGCAGCAGCUGCCGCUCAACAGCAAGCCGCCGCCGUUGCAGCCGCCGUAGCACAUCAGCAGCAACAGUUCCAGCAUCAUCGUAACAACUUCAAGGAGCUAAUGAAGGCGAAGCAUGCGGCUGCUGCCGUCGUGCUGAACGAGGACUAUCUCAACAACAACGCCGUGAAUGCGAACAACAACAAUGGCGGAAACAAUGGAAACCUCAACAGCAAUGGCAACGCAAACGGGCCCCUUUCACCUUACGCCAGCAAGAAGAUGCUCGACACACAAAAGUACCAGAAAUACUACUCGAAGCGAAAGCUCGUGCAACAGUACGAGCAGGAGAUGCGGGCCGAGAAGCGUAAGCUAGGCAUCGAGGACGUGAUACAGGCGGCAGCAGCAGCCAACGCACUCAACCUUCGUCUCAACAAUGGCGGAAGUCCCAUUGGAUCGCCGAACGCAGUGGCAGCGGCAGCCGCCGCAGCAGCCGCUGCCGCCGCCUUGAAUCCUCCCGGAACACCAACGAACGGUGGCACUAGCACGGACGACGAACAGCAACAACAGCAACAUGCCGGUCACCAGACACCCGUGCUGCUGCAAAACAUCAAAUCGGAACCGCAGUACGACGACGAGGACGAAGGCAUGGAGGUGGACCAGGAUAACAACAAUUCGCUGAACGCUACCAACGCCAACACUCCGAGCAACAACAACAACAACAACGAGGACGAUUACUACGGGCAACAUGACCAGGGCGUGAUAACGACGGGCAAUGGCAAAACAAUCAAGCAUUCCAUUCUCGAGCCAAAUAUAGUAUUAAAGCAGAGCGACGAGUGUCUCACGACCAACAAUCAAACGGGUAGCCUGAAUCUGUGCAAGAACGUCAGCUAA